UCCUUGUCCUUGUCGCUGACUUUGUCCCUUCUCUAAGUCCAUCCCCCUCCUCGAGGGCUCGGAUCCUGCUGCUAGACUGAGGUCUCGCGUUCGUGUUGUUGUUUAAUCACCAGCCCCGCCUCCUUCCCCGGGGAGCCGCUCACGCAGCCUCGGGCCCCACGGCGCCCCGGCCGUGCGUGGGCUGAGCGAUUUAAUCGCUCCAAAUCACUUCGCAGCCUGGUUUUCGUGGAGCUCGUGGGGCAUCAUAGGAUUUACUUGUGUAACUCCUACAUUUAGUGGGAGUGGGGCUGCCCUUCACAGCCCCCACUGCCGGGGAGGCAUUUGAGGCUUCCCUGGGCUGGGCACACAGAUGGUCCCAGUGCCUCCUCCUGAAGUGCUGGAUCACCAUUUCCCCCCCGCCUUCCCUCAGAUGGCAGCGCUGGGAUGACCUGGUGGGCAGGUUUAUUAAGAAUGCACAGUAAGAAGACUGCAGUCAGGUACUAUGUUGGGAUUGAUGUUGGCUCAGCGAGCGUUCGAGCAGCUUUGGUCGAUGGCUGUGGGACAGUGGUGGCACAUGCGGAGCAGCCCAUCCAAAUUUGGGAGCCCCAGCCAGACCACUACGAGCAAUCCUCUGCAGACAUCUGGGCUGCCUGCUGCUCAGUCACAAAGAAGGUUGUCUGUGGAGUGGAUGCUGCCCAGAUUCGAGGGGUUGGUUUUGAUGCUACGUGUUCUCUUGUUGUUCUGGAUAAACAGUUCCAACCUUUGGCAGUCAACUGUGAAGGACAGAACCAUAGGAAUGUUAUUAUGUGGAUGGAUCAUCGUGCAGUGAGUCAAGUCGAGCUCAUCAAUGCAACGCAGCACAGAGUUUUGAACUAUGUAGGGGGAGCAAUGUCUGUGGAAAUGCAACCACCUAAACUGCUGUGGAUAAAGGAGAACUUGCAGGAAUCGUGGGAGAAGGCAGGCUACUUCUUUGAUCUUCCGGAUUUCUUGUCUUGGAAAGCCACAGGUGUCACUGCAAGGUCCCUCUGUACAGUCGUGUGCAAGUGGACGUACACGUCAGACAAGGGUUGGGAUGACAGCUUCUGGAAAAUGAUUGGUUUGGAAUGUUUGGUGAAGGAUAAGUAUGAAAAAAUAGGAAACCACGUCUUGUCUCCUGGAGAGGCUGUUGGAAAAGGUCUAACGCCAGAAGCUGCCAAAGAUCUGGGUCUCCCCGAAGGGAUUGCAGUGGCAGCAUCUCUCAUUGAUGCACAUGCUGGAGGACUAGGAGUAAUUGGAGCAGAUGUGAAAGGACAUAACCUGCCAUGUGAGAACCAGCCGAUUACAUCCCGAGUUGCAAUGAUCUGUGGAACAUCUUCGUGCCACAUGGGGGUCAGUGAAAAACCCAUUUUUGUUCCUGGUGUUUGGGGACCAUACUUCUCUGCAAUGGUACCUGGAUUGUGGUUGAAUGAGGGAGGUCAAAGUGCUACAGGAAAGCUGAUCGAUCAUGUGGUCCGAGGCCAUGUCGCCUUCCCGGAAUUACAGUCAAAAGCUGCAGCCAGUGCUCACAGCAUAUAUACAUACUUGAACAGUCACCUGGAUCUGAUUAAGAAAUCUUUGCCUGUGGGUUUCCUCACUGUUGAUUUACAUGUUUGGCCAGAUUUCCAUGGUAACAGAUCUCCCUUAACAGAUCUGACACUAAAGGGCAUGGUUGUUGGACUGACAUUGUCCCGGGGUCUGGAUGAACUUGCCCUUAUCUACCUGGCCACGAUCCAAGCCAUUGCUUUAGGAACAAGACAUAUUUUGGAAACGAUGCAGGCUGCAGGACAUGAUAUCAACACGCUGUUUCUGUGUGGUGGGCUGAGCAAGAACCCUCUCUUUGUGCAGAUGCAUGCUGACAUUACUGGGAAGCCUGUUGUCCUGUCCAAAGAGGUGGAGUCUGUUUUGUUUUAAUGUGUUUUACACCUUGACUUUUGGCACCACACACAGACUUCAACCCAAGUGGAAAAGUUUGUACCUUCUACGUGGCUGGACAAGAGCCAAUAUCGCCUUCUCUCCACCCCCUGUUUAACUCCACAUUUAGGUGUAUUGAGUAUUCCUUUGUCUUUUCACUGUAGAGACGUGCAUGGAAGCUGCUGUCUAUGAAGUUGGGCCAUGUAAUUUUACAGACAAAACAGGGAAUUUAGCAAGGCUCUGAUCCUGCAGGAAGGUCAUGCUUUCAUCUCAGUUAUAUUUGUCUGACUUUCCUUCCUUCAUAUUGAGGAAUGUUAAACAUAAGAAGCAACAUAGCACUAUUAAUGCAGUAAAAAAUAACACACCUAUAGCUCUUGUCUUGCCCACAGUGAAUGCAGAGUUAAUAAUGAGGAUGGAACUUCUUGUUUAUUCAUGUUAUUUCAAUGCAUUAGCAGUUGCAAAAGUAGCAGUAAGGCUUUUAUUUUCAGUGGAUCAGGCAAAGCAUGACUUAGCUGCAUUUGUAUAAACAACAGUGGUUUACAGAAACCUGAGGAAGGGUCUGAAUUCCCCAGAUCAUGCCUGUUUUCCCACCUGGCAAUCCCACUAGUAAGAGACAUCUUCUCUCUUCAUGCUACACGAGGACAUUAAACAACACACUGCAUUCAGUUGGACAAACUUAUUUAUUGGGAUGGUCCCUUGUACAUUUAAUACAUUUUUCUUUAUAGCAUCAGGCACAGAUACUUGUAGAUGAAAUUUUGCACAAAAACUUAUCUGGAUAUAUUUUCUGAAUAGGGAGUUCAGCUUCUUGACCUUGUUAAAUUGAUGCAGUUCCACUGGAAUCAAUAAACAGCUCAACAUAAGCUGACGAGCUGGGCUGUGCUUGGCAUUUCUCCAAAUGGGAAUAUUCUACAGUGCUAUGUAGGUUAGCAGGAAGAGCAGUUUCCUUUCAUAAGAAUUUUUCCAUUAAAAUGAAUGCCAUUGCAACAAAUAUAGAGUGCAAUAUAUAUGUAUAUAACAUCUGUAUAUAAUAGUUCUAAUGCUUGUAAGAAGAACUUGUUUUGAUAGAUGUAAUUUCAGUAGCAACUUUUGGUGACAGGACUUUAUAUUUAUUUCUUACUCUUCUGUUAAUCUUUUGCCUUCAAAUACAUAUUUCAUUCCAAGUCUGCCAUGUUUUUCAUUACAAUGCAAUAACUGAACAUCUCAAAA